CGCUGUACGGUCAGCAGACUCCUCAAUGUUUACAAUCAGUAGUCGCGUGGUUCCGGUUUCAAGAAUUGUGGGUACAAUAUCUAGGUCAAGUUAUAGAAAGGUAAAGGUCGAAUCGGUGUACAAUCUUGUAAAAUUUACUCAGAUGAUCUACCGAUGUAAGCAUGAAAUUACCAAGGUUUUUGCAACGAGUCACGGGCAUUCGUAAGAGAAGACAGAAGAUGGUCCUAGAGUCGAAAAAGCAAGAUACUUCAAGAGGAAAUAAGCUACUCAGAGCAUACUGGGGGCCUGCCAAGAAGGCGUGCCUCUCAGCACCCCAAAAGGGUGGUAUAUAUGCAAUAGGAUUACGAGGUUUUAGGCAUCCCAUUUACAUUGGACAGUCUAACAACAUCAGAGACAGACUUCAAACACACUUUAGAAAGUCUUCCAAUGUACAAGCAAUAGACAAAUUUGUUAACAUUAUACCAAAGAGAUUAUUCAAGGUGAAAUAUGUGCAGGACAGGCACCAUAAAGAUUAUGAAGGAGUCUAUCUUGCACACAAUCUGAAACACACAGGAUCAUGGCCAGUGUUUAACUUAAAACAUGGAAAUAGUCGAAAGAAAAAGAGCUUCUGGAAAUUUUGGGAAUGGUGAAGACACCUUUGAUUAUAAUUAAUAAUGUGUUAGAGGACAUUUUACAUGGUUCAGAUUACUUCUCAUCGGUCACUUAGCCAUAUUCAUCCUGGCUUGAUGUAGGUAAUUGCAGGUGUCUGUAAUACAACUCUAGAUAAAAAAUAAAU